GGUCUGUUAGACUGUAGACACAGUGGAUCAAAAUUGCUCUUCAGAUGGCAGCGUCAUGCCACGCCAGGUAGGAUAUAGAGAUGGAGAUUGGAGUUAGGAUCGUAGAGGUGGAGAUUGAAGUUUAUUUCUUGAGCCUACUAUCCGCUUCAUCGUCCAAAUUUACAGGAAAGGGGAAAAAUAAAAAAUGGCCACAGCGGGGUUGACGCCAGAAGCCGCACCAAGACUCAAUUUGCCGAAAGGGGUCGUCUCCUGCACAAUCGCCGCUAUCAAUACAACAUGCGACUUGACGGUUCCUAUCGAUACGCUGUGCGAACCAUCGAUAGACGACCAUAACCUACUAAAUUUGCCAACGAUCGCUUUUCUGAUCACGCAUCAGCCCUCUGGGCGGCAGGUGCUCUUCGAUCUAGGAUGUCGAAAGGAUUUCUGGAAUCUGCCUCUUCCAAUCGCAGAAACUAUCAAGGCAAAGGUGCCUGGUAUCAGAGUUGACAAAAAUCUGAUCGACGUCUUGGUCGAAGGUGGUAGCGAUAUCGCAAACAUUGAAGCAGCGAUACUCAGCCAUCAUCACUACGAUCAUAUUGGCCAUCCGAGUACAUUCCCGAAAUCCUUAGAUCUUAUAGUUGGUCCUGGGUUCUCCGAAGAAUUCUUGCCUGGCUACCCAACAAUUACAACAUCCCCCUUCUUCGAGAACGAUUUCGAUCGGAACGUGCGCGAGCUCGACUUCUCGGGCGGACUCAUCAUCGUCGGCUUCCGCGCCAUCGACUAUUUCGAAGAUGGGAGUCUGUAUCUCCUGGAUUCUCCGGGCCAUGCAGUUGGACAUAUUUCAGCCCUAGUGAGAACCACCGAUUCAAUAGCAGCUAUUGACACCUUCGUGUUUCUGGGGGGAGAUAUCUGCCAUUUCGGCGGCUCUUUCAGAGCCACAAGAUACCUGCCAAUGCCAUAUAUGCUUAGUCCAUACGAUGUGGGACAGAGCCCUGACAAAUCGCCGACUCUGUGUUGCACACAGUUCACUGCCUGCCAUCCACAGCAGGAAAAUGCGAGAACAUCGCCAUACUACAAAGUUUGUAGCGGGUCCGACUCGUGGUAUGAAAACCCGCCACUUGCACAGCAGAGCAUCGAGAAGUUGAAGGUGAUUGAUGCCGACGAUCGGGUUCUCGUCUUGAUCGCUCACGAUUUGGCCAUGCUGGACGUCAUCUCUUUCUUUCCCAAAGGCACGAUUAACGAUUGGCACAACUUGGGAUGGAAACAGAAGCUACGUUGGCGAUUCUUGAAUGAGCUUCCCGUGGAAGGAAAUGAGCGGAAAGAAGUUCUUGUCAACGGAACAUACGUGGAUGGGAAGCGUGUGAAGGACUUAGAUGGCAAGUGUAUGCAGCAUCAAUGAGGGGAGUGGACACUCCGUUUGUUUUGCAAUGAGUGACUUAGACAUAUGAUAGGGGAGCUUCAAUACACCAUUUUUGGUCAAGUUGCGAUUUGCCCAGCUGCAAAGCGGUCACGCGACAUCUUCGUGUUGAGCCGAGCGAUCUUCGCUUAUAGAGUGAUAUGACUGUACAGGAGGGACGGAAGAAGCUACCUAACAAGUGUUGACCAUUGCUGAGAUUCGGUGAAGUCUAGGCAAGGACGACUUUAGGAAUGAAAUAAGAGUUCAAUCGGAUGUCA